AUGCCUCUCAGGCAAGCCGCAAGGCAACCUGAAUGCUUACAUUCGUCCCUCACAUACGACCCCUCUCCUAUUGCCGCCCAAGUGCACUACACCCAACCCUCUGUCCAGGACCGUCAGGAUGCAGUCACACCAUCUUCCCCAAAAGAAACCCCAGCACCACCCACAAGAAUUGACCUGAAACACUUCCCAGCCCCCUUGGUUCUUCCUGGCGAUGAUCUAGCGCUGGACCCAGAGCAACCGCCCCAGUCGUUCCAAGAGUGGUAUGACGAGGAGGACCGGAAUCCUGUUACAGUGAAACGGAGGACGGUCUACCUUAUCGGACCGCCGAAUGUCGACAGAUCGGCAGAAGAGGUGAAUAGUUGGGCAGCUCCAACACUCGGUCCGGAAACUGGGACUGAAGCUGGAUAUGGGGCUGAAGGGAAAAAGGAAGCGGUGUUGAAACCCCCGGCAGUAGAUGAUAUUUUACCCUACAUCUCUGCAUUCUUCUCCGGUUUACCAGUGAAAAAGCUCAGGCCGCCACCGUCGAAAUGGAAGUUCACGCCUUGGACCGAAGAAUUGCCGAAAAGGUCAAAGAAAGUGUCCUAUAUCGCCCUCACUACACCCAAAGGCGAAGCAAUCCGCAUCCGCACCCGCCCGUGCCCAGCGUCUGACAAACUCUACCUACGCCAACUGAAUCUAGAUGACCUGCUCGACGUGGCAAUUAGCAUCCUCCCUGAGGACGCUUAUGCGCUUUGCAUGCUAGUGCACCACGACCUAUUCGAAGACGACGAGGACAUCUUCGUGUGCGGACGUGCAUACGGAGGCUCGCGCGUUGCGGUGGUCUCGACGGCGAGGUAUAAUCCUCUUCUUGAUGACUCUUUGUACGUUGGAAGAGACCAUGCAUGGCCGGGGAGUCAUUGCGUCUGCUAUAUAGAAGAUAUCUGCAAAGACCAUGACCCUGAUGACAGCGGAACUCACUCUGGGAGAAAGAGAAAGAGGAAGAAACCAGGAAUACGCCAGCAACCGCACAAUCGCAGCGGACCCCUAGAAUCCGCCCUUGCUGCUUUCAUAUCUACCCCGCCACAAGCGGGGGGAGAUGACUUGCCAGCUUUAUGGCGCUACCGCAUCCUCCGCACGGUAUCCCACGAGCUCGCUCACUGCUUCGGCCUUGACCACUGCGUGUACUACGCGUGCAUCAUGCAGGGCAGCGCCUCCUUGGCUGAGGACGCGCGGCAGCCGCCGUAUCUGUGUCCCGUGGAUCUGGCCAAAGUGUUGGCCGCGACGGGUUCGAGUGGACAAAAGCGGGACCAGGCGCUGCUGGAAUACUGUGAGCAGCCGGGAACUAGAGACAAUAAACAUUUUGCGGCUUUGGGUGCUUGGUUGCGGUGGUCUUUGCAGUUGGGCUCCGGCUCGAGCUCCAGCUUGGAUGGUGGCCUAUCUUAG